AGAGAGAGAGAGAGAGAGAGACUGAAACUGUGGUCCUGGCUGCUGGAGACCAGAGAGGCACACACUCACUCGGUGCUGCCGUCAGUCAGUCGCUGUGUGUCGGGGAGCUUCGAGCAGAUCCUCCUGCUGCUGCUGCUGUCUCUGGAUCCUCGGGCGCUGUGCAGCUAAGUGAAGGACUUCUGGAGGUCUCUGGACCCACGUUGGAAAACAACAAUCAGCAAGUGACUGGUCAAGUUGGACACUGAGGGCAACCGCUGCCUCUCUCUCGCACUUCAUCCCGUCCGUUCACAGGUCCGCCAUGGCGUCCUCCCUGAUCAGCCGUCAGUUUGCUCUCUCCCUGCAGAAGAACUUGUGGCUCAGUGCUUCAGGGUGUCGAUAUGUUAGUAAGGCGGCACCAAAGACCCAGGUGGAGUUUGACUACGAUGGUCCCUCCAUGAAAACUUCAGUUCCUGGACCACGAUCACAAGAGCUGACGAAACAACUGGGAGACAUCCAGAAUGUUGGUGCGAUCAACUUCUUCUGUAACUACGAUGAGAGCAGGGGGAACUACCUGGUGGAUGUGGACGGCAACCGCAUGCUGGAUAUCUACACUCAGAUCUCCUCCAUCCCAAUUGGCUACAACCAUCCUGCUCUCAUCAAACUGAUGUCUGAUCCCAACAAUCUGAGUACAAUUGUGAACCGACCCGCCCUGGGAAUCCUGCCGCCUGAGAACUUUCCAGACAAAAUCACUGAAAGUCUUCUCUCAGUGGCGCCUAGUGGAAUGAGUCGUGUUCAGACGAUGGCCUGCGGCUCUUGCUCCAAUGAAAAUGCUUACAAAGCGAUGUUUAUCUGGUACAGGAACAAGGAGCGAGGUCACAACACACCGUCUGAGGAUGACCUCAACACCUGCUUGGUGAACCAGUCCCCAGGUUGUCCUGAACUCAGUAUUUUAUCUUUCAUGGGAGCUUUCCAUGGAAGAACCAUGGGUUGCUUGGCAACGACACACUCCAAAGCAAUCCACAAGCUGGACGUGCCGUCAUUUGAUUGGCCGAUCGCACCGUUUCCUAGACUGCAGUACCCGCUGGAGGAAUUUACCAGAGAGAAUGCACAGGAAGAGGCUCGCUGUCUGGAGGAGGUGGAGGAUCUGAUCGUGAAAUGGAGGCAGAAGGGGAGGCCCGUGGCUGGGAUCGUAAUUGAACCAAUCCAGGCUGAAGGCGGAGAUAACCACGCCACCCCAGACUUCUUCAGAGGCCUCCGCAAUAUUGCACGCAAGCAUGGCUGUGCUUUCCACGUGGAUGAAGUCCAGACUGGUGGAGGGACCACAGGAAAGUUGUGGGCCCAUGAGCACUGGGGCAUGGAUGACCCUGCUGACAUUGUCUCCUUCAGCAAGAAGCUUCUCACUGGUGGCUACUACCACAAGGACGAAUUACAGGCUGAUAAGCCAUACCGCAUCUUUAACACAUGGAUGGGCGACCCAUCGAAGAACAUACUCCUGGCUGAGGUUCUCAAUGUGAUUCGCAGAGAAAACCUUCUGGACGAGGUGACCCGUUCUGGAAAAGCCUUGAUGAACGGCCUGUAUGAGCUACAGGCUCAGUACCCCGGCAUAUUGAGCCGAGCUCGAGGACAGGGGACCUUCUGUGCCAUUGAUAUCUGUGAUGAUGCAACACGCAACAGCAUCCUGGUCAAGGCCAGAGACAAAGGUGUCCUCCUGGGAGGGUGUGGGGAUCAUUCGAUCCGUUUCCGUCCAGCGUUGGUUUUCAAGGAGUACCAUGUUCACAUCUUCCUCAACAUCUUCAACGAUGUGUUGGCCCAGCACAAAUAAAUCCUGACCCGGAAGGAACCUGACUGACACCGCAUGAGCCUGAGAUAAUCCAGAAUGGAGGGAGAGGGAAAAUCCAGAUAAUCCAUGUCACGAUAAGCACAAUCCACACAAUAACUCGCACAGAUUAUCCCAUAUAACCUCUGUUCCAAGAUCCAAAUGGCCAAUCUCCAUCUCUUUAGCCAUAAAUCAUAAUGAUGAUACCCCCUUAACUUGCGCUGCCAUAAAGAUGUACUCAUUCAGAACAGGUAACGGUGGUGCAGUAACUGAGAAUUUCACAGAGUUUUCAUGUAAAAUAAAUCUGUGGAAAUGACUCCAAACUCCAGACUCUUUCUCAUCUGGAUGGAGCAUGUUCUUACAUGUAGGCUGACUCGACUCUGGAUGAAAUCAUGACAGAUUGUAAACCGUGUCAGCCAAUCUAGCAGCUUCUGUUUCACACCCUUUACAGCCUGAGAUUGAGAGGUCUGGAGCCAGGCUAAAAUGUUGGUCUGUUCCUUUAACAGGUAGCACAGGACUGGAUAAAUGUAAAUAAAGAUGUUGAAGCCCCCCCCAACACCUAAUUAACCUCAUUAAUGGCUCAGAACAAAUUCUUGCUUACAGUUUCUUUUAGUGCUCAUACGCUGGCAUCAUCCCACCGUCUGACUCUCAGUCACUGAGGUGAUUCUAGUUAGCCUGUACUAUAUGUGUGUUUAUAAGAAGACAGACAGUCAUCCUGGAUACAGGAUUAUGUGUCAGUGAUGACUCUGUGUAGGAACACACAAUAAAAGCUGAGAUGCCAGCCUUGCAUGUCAUUUAAUGCUGUCCAUUAGAAAACGUCCUUGUUAUGAUUCUGUGUUGCUCUUAAUAGGAAUGACUUUUGAAAUGUUGUAGCCCAGAAAAAUGUGAAUCUUAAAUGGACCAUGAAAAUGUCAUAGAUUGUUUAGUGCCUGCAUGUCACUUAAAUGUGCUAAUAUAUAUAUUUUUCCUUUUUUUUUGUGGCUCAAAUGAGAGCAGCCAUUGGUAACCUUAUUGAACUAAAAUCCUGAACACAUUCACUUUACUCAUGACCAAAAGCUUAGUUUACUUUUCAUUUUCAUGUCACACUUGGUUAUGAUUUCAUAUUCUCCAUUUGUGACAGAACAGACAGUAAAUUAAGCACAUAGAGAAACUGAUCAUUUUACAUCAAGCUGUUUCUGAGCUUUUGAAUGCAGUUUGUCAUUACAAAAGUGAAAACACAAAUAUGAACUUGUGCUUAUACUUCAAGCAGCUAACUUCUGCAAUCCUCCUCGUUUAGUCAUUACAAGCAGUCCAUCCAAAUACUUGCUAAAGCGUCUGCAUCACAUUAGCUACAGUAAUUUAUGUGUAAUCCCAUAAUAAUGUAAUGCUAUUUUACAUGAGCUUUGAAGAUCGUAAUACUCAAGUAUUCUGGGACUAUUACAAGAUUUGUUAGAAGAAAUGGUAUAUAUAUUAGUCAUAUAAGUCAAAAGGCCUCUUCAGUUCAGACUGAUUUGGGGAUUCACAGGCAGUCAACAUCUGUAGUCUUUCACACAGAUGUGGUAUAUCAUGACCUGGAUGACUGAGAAUCUUCACAGACCUAGUUGUUAAUGAAUCAGAUUUGUUACUAGCCCUGUUUGGAGCUGUCUCAUCCACUGAAAACAUGAAUACAAACCACAAUUGCCCUCCUCCGUCCAUCCCGACCGCAAGCAUAUCAGACACGUUUUUCACUCGCAACAGAUACACUCUCAUUUUAAUCUAUGCAGCCGUCUGCACCGGCCGCGUGCAGCUAAACUCCAGUUCACUGUGUAACGCUUCAUGUUGACUGUUUUAACGCUUCUUCUGAACAGAAACCAUCAGUCCCCGCUGUGUGUUUUUAGCUAAACACACCGUAGGAUUCCCACCGGCUGUUAACAGCUAACUAGCUCCCCUCCUACCGACAUAAGAAGACGCGCUCUGUUGUAGUCGUCAUUUAUUAAGCAAUAGUUAUACAUACAUACAUGCAAUUGUCUUAUCUAGGCGAGCAAAUCAAUAGAGGAACGAUUCAUAAUCUGUACGGAAACGAGCCCAAACCGAAGCCGUUGUUGAUCACUUGCGGCCUCUACAGGCCGGUUAAGAGUAGCGAGGAGUCAGCAGUCAAUGAUGGUAUAAAACAGUCAAUAAAAUAUGUUUUCAAAAAGUGUGAAUCACUGCAACCACGAGAGGUCCUUGAGCAUACAGUCGUAAAUGAGCACACAAAAUAUUAGAGCGAUGCGUUUAGCGUUAUGCGAAAUUAGCCGUGGACAGACGCACUCUCGCAACCGGAUACAUAAUCUCCUGUCGGAGAUAUUUAAGCAUAAGUGACGUCUUCGUUGUCUCAUUGUGGUGAGCUAAGCUGUAUAAUGGGCUCAUUGGGUUUCACAAGGGGCAACAAUGGUGACAAGUGACACAAAAGUGAGAUUUAUGAUGUAGCGGAACAGUGUUUUUUCGAUUUUUACAAGAGAAAACACUAAAAGGAUAAAGAUUAACUGGUUGGUUUGGCAAACGCAUGUCAGCUUUUCUCUGGGAAUCGUCCAAGAUUGUCUCCCUCACAGUGGAUGAGACAGAUCCCAAACAGGGCCGGCUUGUUACCAAACUGUCGCUAAAUUGCUAAACGUGAGUUUUGAGCACAGGUCCAUUGAACACAAUAGAUCAUAAGUAAUACGAUGAUGUAGAAUAUAAUAAAGUUUACAACUUUACAGCACACGUUUUAUAAACACUCGUGGAAUUGCCAUUUUUAUUUUGUAAUUCUGCUCAAGAAAAAAAUGUUACCACAUUAAUUUCUUAUAUAUGAAUAUUAUGUACAUUUUUUUUUUUUACAUUCAUGUCGCAGAAAUUAUAUCCAGUAAGUCUAAUGUAAAUUUGUAACACAUAGUUGACAGGGUUUGUCUUGUGUAAAACAUACAUUUUACAGGAGAUUUAAUGAAGUAAGCACUGCAGGGCUGGGCUGUAGAGUGUCGAGGUUGAGCAAUACAAUGGUGAUGAUGACAACAGUGCCUGUCUCCUUGUUUUCAGUCAGUAUUCCAUCGAGUAUCCAUGGUGACAUUUAAACAUUUUUGGCAUUAACUAUUUACACUUCUGAUCUGAGAUUUAUGAUGAUGAUUAUUGAUGUAAUUAGUUUAGAUGGCUCUAACUGUUGUUGUCUAUAAAACAUUCUGUCCAUUUACUGUGAGAAAUAAAUGAAGUUUUGAGUAACGCA